UCAAUUUUUAAUUUCUUUGGGACAGUCUUUAAAUAUUGAAUUGUUUUUGCUGACUGAUCCUCGGUGCUUCCAAUAUAAUGGUCCUGAUGCUGAAUGCUGUACUGAAGAUUUACUUUUAAAGAGGCUUUUCCAUUACAUUACUACCAGUGCUACCUUUACCAUAAUAGAGAUUAUAAAAAAUCAUACAAUCUUAUGUAACAUGUUGCUGAAAUCACAGGGAUAUGGGAGUUCUAUGAUGAAAAAGAGCUUAAUAUAUCCAUAUAGAAGAGCAGAUGUAAAUCCUUACUUUAGGAAAGGAUCCAAAAUGGACCAAGUUUGCUGCCCUGAUGUGGUGGUUAUGUGAUCAUCUGUUUAAGCCAUUAAUCCCUCUCUAAUCGGGAACCGUUCGAUGUUUGCUCAUGGAGAAUUUGUUGAAAUGACAGCGUUAUCGUGCCCUUGCAACAAAUUCUCUGGGUUUCUACAUGUAUUUCUCGGGGGGACUACAAGAGGGUAACCAUGCCUUUCAGCAGGAGUGAGGUCACUCAGAUUCCAGCAAGAUGCCUGGCUUUGGCUGCACUAUGCUGGCCGCGAUGUUCCUGCUCCCUCUCCUCCUGAAUGCCGUGCUGGGCUUUAAACUGUGCCCCAGCCCCUGCUUGUGCUAUGAAUCUUCAGACCUGGUGGACUGCAGGUCUCGUGGGUUGACCCGGGUCCCAUCCAGCAUCUCCCACGGCACCUGGCUGCUGGAUCUAAGUGCGAACAAGGUGACAGAGGUGCACACCAGGUCUUUCAUAGGACUGUGGUCACUCAAGAUCCUCCUCAUGUCCAACAACAGCGUCCAUAUUCUGCACCCACAGUCUCUGUCAUCCCUGCAGUUUCUGGAGAAGUUGGAUUUGAGUUUUAACCGGCUGCGGUGGCUCCCUCAGGACUUCUCUCAGGGCCUAUACUCCCUCCAGGAGCUCCGGCUGAGCAACAACCUGCUGCAGCACUUAGACUCCAAAUCACUGGAAGACUGUGGCAGCUUGAGGAAACUGGACCUCAGUUACAACCACAUCCGAGGACUGGACAUCAAGGCUUUGAGCAGCCUGUCUCGACUGAGCUUCCUCAACAUGGAGGGAAACAGGCUGAAUGUUCUUAAAGAUGGCCAGCUGAACAGGCAGCAAACUUUGGAAGUCCUGCUGCUCAACUACAACAACAUCUCAAAGAUUGAGGCCGAAUCUCUGGCUCCCUUGCGAAGGCUCUCUCUGCUAGGUCUCAAGGGAAACCAGCUAGAGCACAUAAGGUUCAAGACCUUCCUGAAGCUCCAGACAACCAGCACCUACCUUCAGAUGUCCCUCAACCCCUGGAUCUGUGACUGCGAGCUGCAGCGCAUCUUCGGCAAGAUCAACCAUGUGCGACAUCUGCACGUAGAGGACUACAAGGACAUCAUCUGUCACGCUCCCGCUCAGCUAGCCGGAAGUCUCCUGGCUUCGAUGGACAGCCAGCUGUGUAUAGCUGAGACUGCCUCAGUGCUCGUCAUCACCAUCACCGUGAUGCUCGCUGUGAUUGGUGCUCUGGUAAAAGCGGAGCGCAACCGUAAGAACAAACAAGCCUCAAGUGAAGCAGAGUCCCAGGGACAAGAAAAGUGAUACUUUUUACUCAUUUACAGGAACUCUAGGACUAAUAUGUGACCCGAUUCUGGAUGCUGAGCAGCAGACAAGUACAAAUUAUCACAUUCUAUUCUGUUUCAAUGCUCUUUAAAGCUUUUUAUACUUAUGAAGCAGGCACUGUAGGUAAAAGGAGAGAAAUCAAAGUGGAAAUGGCUCAUGUAGUAGCAUAGUAAACAAUCCAAAUUUACCCAUAUGUUCUGGGUAACAUGAACAUUAAGUGUCAUCUUGUAUACUUGCCUAAAGAAUUUUUUAAUGAGACGCAAACUUUGUCUUAAUCUACAGAUUACAGCAAAAGAGCGGGAGUCGGGCCUAGAGAAAAGCCUGAGCACUAUUCCGGUGCGUGUAGGACUCAUUCAACAUCAGGCUACCUCCGAACAUUUUUGAAAUUCCCUUUACUGGUCUGACAACACAGCCACAUCUCAACCCCUUUGAAAACUGGUUGGUCUCCAGUACCUGAUCUAUCCUUUUUGUCAUUGACCUUUUUUAAAUGAGCUAAAACAUGUUCCAUAUGGGAUGUGACACUAUGGUCAUAUUACACUGGUUUUAUUGUUGAUGGAAUAUGAAAUAUUGUAUGAAGAAAUCUUAAUUUUAGCAAUGGUGGCCAAACCUAUUGCAAAAGUUCAUAGCAAACCACAAAACAAAACAAAACAGACUGACCAGUCUGGCAGGUUGGAAGUGAUUCAGUGAGAUUAGUAAAAACAUAAAACCAACAUAUGACUAAAAAAAACGAUUGAAGUCAUUAAUGGAAUAAAUGGAAGCUCAAAGGUGAAUCUUCUUUAGCUAAGUAUAAAAAC